AUGAGUAAGUCUUUCCCCCUUCUGAGCUAAUUGUGGACUCUUAGACGGCAUUCUGGAAUAUAUUGAUACUAAAACUUGGCUGAGUCAGGUUCAACAAGAAACUCAUAAAAAUCAGAAGUGAAUCUUCUGGCCCAUUAUCAACACAGUCAAUUGGUUCUUACACAGUACUCACUAAUAAAAGUGCAGACAUUCACAUUGAAGUAUAAACUUACUAGUUCCCACACUGGAUUUCAUUAUUUACAACCACUCUCAGGUGACCAACAGUCCUCCCACGAUAGAACCAAAAAUGCAUAACAGCCCCAAUGCCACCCUCAAGACUACAAACCAUUCACAUGAACCUGAUGAGGAUGCAGAGUUUCUGGAGAAGCUGGAGAACAACAAAAGACACUUACCAUUCUUCGAUACGAAAUUCACUAAAUUCAUCAAAUCUCUCUCUGCACAAGAGCGAGGAAGGUUCUUUGACCUCUACGAGGAAGCUGGGGAACACCUCACGCUACAAGGACUUGAGGGCGCUGACUUGGAUCGGGCAAAGUGGCUCAUUCUCGGGGAGUUUUCAGCAGAGUCACGCAAUGUUUUUGAGCAAUCUCAUUUCGCCAUAACGAAGGACACGACAGAAUGGGAUUUGUUGCAGGAGGUACACUUCGCGUGGAUAGCAUGGGGAAAAUGGCUGAAAAUAAAGCCAUUCAGGGAGAUGGGGUCUUAA